AUGGCACCAAUNAAUAAUAAUGGCACCAAUAAUAAUGGCACCAAUAAUAAUGGCACCAAUAAUAAUGGCACCAAUAAUAAUGGCACCAAUAAUAAUGGCACCAAUAACAAUGGCACCAAUAAUAACGGCACCGAUAAUAAUGGCCCCAAUAAUAAUGGAACUAAUAAUAAUGGCACAAAUAAUAAUGGCACCAAUAACAAUGGCACCAAUAGCAAUGGUACCAAUAACAAUGGCCCCAAUAAUAACGGCACCGAUAAUAAUGGUCCCGAUAAUAAUGGCACUAAUAAUAAUGGCACCAAUAACAAUGGCACCAAUAACAAUGGCACCAAUAACAAUGGCACCAAUAACAAUGGCACCAAUAACAAUGGCACCAAUAACAAUGGNAAUAACAAUGGCACCAAUAACAAUGGCACCAAUAACAAUGGCACCAAUAACAAUGGCACCAAUAACAAUGGCACCAAUAACAAUGGCACCAAUAAUAAUGGCUCUAAUAACAAUGGCACCAAUAAUAAUGGCACCAAUAAUAAUGACACUAUUAACAAUGGCACCAAUAAUAAUGGCACCAAUAAUUAUGAAAUUACCGAAUUGGUUCUUUACGUUAAUGGUUCGUCUAAAUAUGGUCCUUUGCGGUUCCCAAACACGACCAUCGACAUCAAAAUCGACAGAAUGUUCAAAAACAAUUGCAAGCUUUUCAGAGAGACAUCUGAUAGUGGAGUUCACAUAUUAAGUACGACGAACAAGGAAACGAAGCUAGGGAACUUCUUUGUAUUUGCACCUGAUUCUGGUCACUUUUUGGACGUACGUUUGUCGUCUAAAGAAUCGUACGGUACGCUGUCCGCCAAUGCGCGCUUGUUCGGAGAAGUUAUUCCAGUUUCGAUAAAAAUUCAAAACAGCUCUUUAAGAUUCUCCACUGGGGUUAAUGUUUUUCAGGAAUUUCCAGCGGUUGUGAACGUUUCUGGUAAACUGGAGGCUUGGGAGAAAUUGUCGUUAAGGAUUCGUGGUUUUUUUGAUAAUAAUUCAGGAGAAAAAGCGUCGUUGCUGUCUGCGAUUGAAACAGCCACGAACGAGUACAUACAAAUUAUUGUGACUCAAGUUGGUAAAAGAAUGGCUGUUACUCAAAAAGCUCAGAAUUUGGCUGAAUCAAGAGCAAACAAAACAAAACUCCUCCUAGAUACAGCAGAAUUGCGGUUGCAAGACGCUAAUGCAUUGUAUUUGGACGCUGUCAGGAAUCUUAGUGCGUCGACCAACACAUACACGGAGGCAAGGCGACAGUUGUACGUCAAUAAAAGUACUGAAUUCAACGAUACCGUCAAGAUCCUUGAAAAACUGUGUGCAAUCAAUGAAUGUCCCUUUGAAUGUGUGCCAGGUACUAUGUGCUCCAUGUGUAAUACGAACAUCACUGGUAAAAUACGUAAUCUCUGUCAAGGGGCAUGUUAUCGUUCUGUCAUAGAGAGAACAGCACCGUUUGGGGUUUGGAAAGACUGCAAGAAAAAUGUCUGCAAAAAUAUCACCGCGCAACGAGACAAAAUGCAGAAACAGUCGUCUAUUAAAUGUGGUUUUACAUCGGGUUUUGGAGUCUUUCUUUCUAAUUUAGAAAAAAGAAGCAAAAGCAUUAAAGGUCUCUCGCCGUCCGUUGUCCCAGAGUGGAUGUCGCUGCGAAUGAAGAAUGUCUUAAAAUACUAUCUGGCAACAGGAAGCAUGAGAAAGGCUGAAAAAAUGGCAGACGAUAGCUUGUCCGAACCUUCAGCGUACAGCAACAGAAUGGCCUCUCAAAAUACAAUGAAAUGUCGUAGUGAGAGUGUGAAGUAUUGGCAAUGUAGUACGAUAUCUUCUUCGUGCUAUACCGACAGCUUUAACUUCCAGUACAAGAAUGCUGUAUAUCCAUGCGAAACUUCGUGCGAAACCAAAACUCAGACAGAAUCCAUAUCGACUCCAUGCUGCAAAAGAACGACCUGUGUCACUAGAGUCAAGAACAUGGCUUGCAGGAAAGGGAAUGUAUUUUGUCGAAUAAUUAGAAAUACUGCCAUUGAAAAACUUUCCCAAGCAAAACAGCUACUUGUUCAGCCCUACAAGAGGCUCUUAGACUUGCAAAGUAAUAUUUACAAGGCUGAGAUUGAGGUAGAGAGAAGAAAAACGAAUCUUCAAACUCUGACAACAUCACGCGAUAUCCUUCAAAAAAGCUACGAAAGUACAAGUUUGGCGGCAGAACUUUCUAGAAAAGCUCACUUAAACAAUGCAGAAAAGAUGCAUGAUACUUUGAUGCUUGCCAAGAAGUGGCAGUCAAAAGCUCAACCAAAACUUGUGGUAGUAACUAAUGCAUCUUUUGACAUUGAGAAAGACUCUGAUAUUUCGAGUGUCCCAGUAGAAGUCACAACAUUCGCGGAGGGAGUUGUAAAGAAGUUCAAUAUCACGCUGAAAUCAAAGUUUUCCAAGUCUUUUCUGCAUAAUGCAUCACGAACGAUUGCAUCAUCUUACUAUGGCAAGAUUUCUGCAGCUCUGCGUGAUGAGUACAAAAUGGAGAUCCAAGAUAAGAUAGAAAGCCAAGAAGGAGAUAAAAACCAAGGUCUUGAUGGUUUGAUAAAGUUGAAAAGAAAGUGUUCUUUAUCUGUGAAUUAUGAACGUGGUCUAAGCGAGGUGAUGAAGUCACUUUACAAUGUUACUCAAAGAAUACUUACAGCAUUAACAGAUGUAACAAAAGUACCUAGUAAUGGAGCAAGUAAUGACAAGGAGCUGUCUUACGACAGUGACACAGCAAACAAGCUCGGCUUAACAAGCCAAGACAUCAAUGCUGCAAAGGGAAAUAUCAUAAAACAACAAGAAAUUGUCCAGGCAAUCUCCAUUCUGCAGCUAAUAAAUGCAUCUACUGUUAGUACCCUGCAAGAAGUUGGUGGUCUUGUAUUUAUGGAUUGGUCUGCCGUGAUGGAAAAGCUCUUUCAUAAUUCGGCAACCGAGUGCAAUGGAUUUAUCGACUGCAUGGAAGAUAACUUAGACAACCUGUUUUACCUUUAUGAUAAUGUAACACUUCACAAAGCCUCGUAUCUGAAAUCUCAGAUAGCUGAUAUAAGACAAAGUUUCACAGCAAUACUAAACAGCUUUAAUUUUUCAGCGAACGAAGCUAACGCUAAAUCAAAGAGUACACUUGAUAAACUUCAAGGAGCAAGAGAUUUGGAAACAUAUUGUGCAUCGGGACCUAAUAUGACGAAGCAGCCAAAUGCCAUCAAUGAAAUCAAUGUAGGGAAUCAGCUUACUCUGAAGUGCUUGGCCGUUGGCACUCCAUCUCCUUCUUACCAAUGGAAGAAAGACGGUAUAGUACUCCAAGGUCGAGUAAAGAAUGACCUCUUUUUGGAAAGUCUCAAAAAUGAAGAUAGCGGUAACUACACCUGCGUUGCGUACAAUCAUGUGGCGCUAAUCGAAUCGGCUCCUUCCCUGGUGAUAGUACAUAGCCCACCAAUUAUCACAAAGCAGGCUCCAUCACAACUGAGUGUGACAAUGGACAGUGAUUUUUUCCUAGAAUGCGAGGCAUUGAGCAAAUCCCGUCCAAUAAAAUACCAAUGGUACUUUAAAAAAGGACCGAAUGACGCCUAUGAUCAACUUGCUGGUCAGACGUAUCCUAUUUAUUCUGUUAACAGAGCAAAUAAGCAGCAUCAAGGAAUGUACAAGUGUCAAAUUAGUAAUAUUUAUGGCAGCAUCGAUUCUCAGGAUACAUCUAUAACAGUGUUAGACUUUGGGCUUGUACGACCAGGGGUCAUUUUCGCUGCAAACAUCAGGCUUAGCACAGUCGACCACAAACGUGAAUCUAAACAAGGAUUGUACAGUGUCGAGAGAGGCAUCCAGGAAACAAAUUCCGAAGAAACUGUAAAUACUUUCCUUCGAAAUUGGAUCUGUCCGCUAACCUCGUUAACUUCAGACUGCGUGUCUGGAACUCGCCUCAAACGUUGCUACCCAGAUGUUAACGGCGCUGGACAGAACGCCACGAUUUGCGAGUCGACGUUUGUGGUCCGCAGCACGAACACCGGCUCUUUUAACCUUUCAAAUACACAAGCAGAGCAAAAUGCAGACAAUGUUGAAGAUUCUGUAGAACAACUCAAUAAUGCCGUGACCACUUUACUUAAUGCCACCUCAAAAGAGACACACAGCGUUAAUAUAGGAACGAAGAAGUACGAACUGAUGAAGAAUAGUGUAUCUGCCGUUCGGUUUUUGGGGAUCUGUGGACAAGGAAAGAAGUUGUACGACAAUGAAUACAUGUGCAUCAACUGUCCUCCUGGUACAUUUGGUUCAGAGAACGAAGCAGUCAGUACCUGUACGCCCUGUCCUUUGCAUACCUACCAACCCGGUCAGGGACAGUCAUCUUGUUUACCAUGCCCAUCUGGUUUUACCACCAACAGCACAGGCAGCAGGGAUAUCAGCGAUUGUAAAGUCCAAUAUUCGACUAUUACCCCAUCUCAGCCACGCCCUUCUACCCCAACGAAGUCGCCCAUCACAACAGAAGGGGAGUUGCCUACCAGUGAAGGAUCCACAGAGCCGACUGAACCAGCUAAAAAUAACAGUCACAUUCUUAAUCAGAAAGGCCUACGAAGUGAAGGACUAUCUUGGAAGAUUGCUGUUGGUGUUGCAGUUGGCCUGCUGUGCUUGAUAGUGGUUGUAGUUUUAGGAUAUAUUUAUCUAAAGAAGAAACGAGGUCCUCCAAUCUCGAAGCCAGAAAUCGCCAUCCACGAGGAACACUAUGACACUCAACCGACUGUUUUCGACAAUCCUGUUUUUGAUCAGGAAGAAGAGAAAGACAAGCAAAAAGGAAUAGAAUUGUGUGAAAGUCCAUUAUACAAAUCAUUCGAUGAAAUUCAGGAGGAAGAAUCUUUAUCCCGAAGUAAUCCUUUGUAUUUAGCUUUGACAAGCUCCAGCGAUGCAUAGAGUCUUUUUUACAGUAUUCUACCUAUAUAGGGACGUGGGAGCGUGAUUUUUAUUGGGGAAUGGGAUGGGGGGAAUAAGUUAUAUAGAGCAAUUGUCAG